GAUGCAUAAAAUAGCAUUAUCGUAAAUACAUUAAAUAUGUGAUAACGAGAAAGACAGUUCAACAAAUCGGCUAAGAAAAUGGUCUGAUCGUGGUUCUUUUCACCUAACAUCUACAGUGUGUUGUUUUCGAGUAAAAUUCUUUCAAUUUGUGGUGAGCACUUCAAAAUAGAAAUGAUGAACGAGUCAACAAUAGACAUCCUCAAUGAAACCGAAUAUGAAAGCGAUCAAUUUGCAAGUGUUCCAGCAAUUGAAGGCCAAUUCCCAAAAUCCCUCAACGGCUUAGGCUACUACCUCCUGGUCAUUACAAUAAUCAAACUCUUCGUAGUCCUUGCUGUUUUAAUCAUUAACAUAUUUCUAGUCAUUGUUAUUCUCCGAUUUAGAAGACUUCAUGCUAUAAGAUCCAAUAUCUACAUUCUGAAUAUGAGUAUCAUGAAUAUCAUCUUCUAUUUGUGUACUCCAUUGUUCUAUAUUAUUUGUCAUCUUGUCUCUGCACAUGAGCAACAGUCUGUUUUGAUCUUGCAAACACAAAGUACACUGUUGAUACUGUACUUAACAUUUGCUGUUGCUAUGAGCGUGGAUUGGAUCCUUACGGUGUCAAAACCACAGUUGAUGAAGAGGUUCGAACAUCGUUGUAAAUAUCUCAUCUUUGGGAUUUAUAUCCUAUUUUUUAUGGAAUGGAUCGUAGCUUUUAUAUACUCUGAAGUGGAACAUAUAGCCAGAGCCAAUUCCUUUACUAUAUUUUAUGUAAUAUACGCAGCUAUAUUAACUGCUUUAAACGUUUUCAAAAAUCGCGUUGAAAUCAGACAUGAAUCUAAAAAUACCGAAUAUGCUUUGACAGUCGGUAACAUAGUUGUUUAUUCGUAUCUCCCCCGAUUCUUUUUUCAUCUACUUCUGCUAAUUCCUUUAGAUUUCUUAGAUAAAAUUUUAUUAUUUUUGGAAAUCAUUCCUGAUUUUAUAGAGAUCGGUCAUCCGAUCGUAGUUAUCUACAUGUUGUGGAGGUCGAACAAAUAUUUUAAAAUGGCCUUUAGCAAAUCAUUUAAGAGGUCAGUUCAAAGCUAUGAAGACGAAAAUUUAGACCUUUCUGAAAAUUACCAAAGCAAUCCAUAUGACUUUCCACUAAGUUCGACUUCAGGAGAAGUCCAAGCCACUCAGUGAUUCAAUUGUUUACUUUGUGAAUGAGAAUAGUAUUAAAUUUUAAAAUAAUAAAUAUUAUAAUUAAAGGUAACCAAA